AUGGCACCUCCCAUAUCAAAACUACCGUCUGACAUUUCUCACUUAUUCAAACCAGGACCACCGUUACGAUAUUUCAAAUCGACAGAUUACCCACCAUCAAAGAGACAAACCAAUCCUAACAUUACAGGUGUCUCUCAAUUCCUUAGCAAUAACUUACAAUCAUAUUUAAAUGACUUUCCAUCAGAUAGCCAAACGAAGGUGGACGAAGACAAGCAAUUUGAAGAGGUUGAAAAAGAACGAAUUUCCAAAAUGAAUGAGUCUAUAAGGAAUUGGGAUCCUCAUAAUGAUCCAAAUAUUAAAGAUACAGAUCCAUAUAGAACUAUUUUUAUAGGAAGACUUCCUUAUGAUACAACUGAAUUAGAAUUACAGAAAUUAUUUGUUAAAUUUGGAGAGAUUGAAAAAAUUAGAAUUGUAAGAGAUAAAUUAACUAAUAAAUCUAAGGGGUAUGCUUUCAUCGUAUUUUUAGAUCCAAUGAGUAGUAAAAUGGCAUUUAAAGAAAUUGGAGUCCAUCGUGGUAUUGAUAUUAAAGGUAGAACGUGUAUUGUCGAUAUUGAAAGAAGCAGAACUAUGAAAUAUUUCAAACCAAGACGACUAGGUGGAGGAUUAGGUGGGAGGGGAUACAGCAAUAGAGAUAACAGACGUACUUUCAAGGAUCAUGGAGAUAGACCAAGUUAUGGGUUUAGAAGGGGACAUCCUUUGGAUUCAAAUGCUACUCGUGACCAUGGUUAUAGUCAUACUAGCUCUCAUAGGCAUGUAGAUUUCCCACGCCAUGUUGGUGGUUACCAGUCUGGAAGUAGAUACAACGAUAGGGCAGUAGAUGUUUCGCAAGCUCCUUCAACUGCACGGUUGACCGGCACUAGUGAUUCUCCAACAGCAGGAACGACAGUAACCACGAGCUACCGUUCAAGAACCUCAAGAAUUAGGGAUACUUCUUCUAGUAAGAAAGCUGAAAUGCCUGAUUAUUGA